AUGUCAAAAGAAAAAUAUCAAAUUGUCCCUUUCGCGGGGGACAAUUACAACGCGUGGGAAUUCCGAUUGAAAAGUAUCCUGCGGGAUAAUGGAGUAAUAGAGGCGAUCAAAAAGGAGGACUUUAGUAAAUCUGCGGAUAAGAAGCAAUUGGAAGCUAAGGCCCAGGCUGUCAUAAUAGCGGCAACCGCCGACAGUCACCUCGAAAACUUAAAGGACAGAUCUGCUUAUCAAAUGAUUAAAAGCAUGGAAGACAGUUUUAAGAAGAAAGAUGUGGACGUAGCGACUGGAAAUACAACGGAGGCCGAAACGACAGUAAGGCAACUCAUUACCAGACCCAAGGGAGAGGUAGAGGAAAGUCAUUUCUUACAGGCACUGAAAAUACUGAAGGUGCAGCUUCAGAGACAGGACAUAGUGGUUUUAAUAUGUGCUCACGAUUUUACCGUGCGGCGACUGAAUGACAAAACUACGAGGUUCAUCACACUGCUGUGA